AGCAGUGGGACACAUGUGAUUGCUGCGCUGUUUCCAAGAGACCUGUCAGGAUGGACGAUCAGAGAUGUCCUCGCUGUAAAACAACGAAAUACCGCAAUCCUUCGCUCAAACUGAUGGUGAACGUGUGUGGACACACACUAUGUGAGAGUUGUGUGGAACUUCUGUUCAUAAGAGGUUCUGGAAACUGUCAGGAGUGUGGCACAGCACUACGAAAAAACAAUUUCAGAGUACAACUCUUUGAGGAUCCUACAGUGGACAAGGAGGUAGAGAUUCGAAAGAAAGUAUUAAAAAUAUACAACAAAAGAGAAGACGACUUUUGUACUUUGAAAGAAUACAAUGAUUUUCUUGAAGAGGUUGAAGAUAUUGUGAAUAAUUUGACCAACAAUAUUGAUGUAGAGAACACCAAAAGAAAAAUGGAGCAGUACCAGAAGGACAAUAAAGAUAUUAUUUACAGAAACAAACUAAAACUGAGCCGGGAGCAGGAAGACUUGGAAGAAGCUUUAGAAUUUGAACGGCAGGAGAGUGAUCAAAAACGUAUGCUUUUUCUGAAGGAAGAACAAAUGCAACAGUUGGCAAAAAAGAAAAAUAAAAAGGCCCUUAUUGAUGAUCUGGAAAGCUCCCAGCUGCCUGCAAGCAUGCUUUUGGCUCAGCAUAAGGAUCGAGCUGCACAACUGGAAACACAGUUGGAAACACAGCAGCAAGUCAGAUCUGUCACAUUCUCAACUGGCAUUAAAAUGGGUCAACAGAUAUCUUUACAGCCAAUGCCAAGGAUAGAAGAAACACUGUAUGUCUACCAGCCUUUGCAAAUAGAGACUUAUGGACCGAGAGUGCCAGAGUGUGAGUUGCUUGGAAAACAAGGGUACCUGAACCAUGUACGUACUGCUACAUCCCAGGAUCUUGCUGGAGGCUACACCUCUUCACUUGCAUGUUAUCGUGCCCUGCAAGAUGCAUUUAGUGGACUUUUCUGGCAGUCAAGCUAGCGUGAUGAACAGCAGGAUUCUCAAAGGUAGCCAUUGGAUUGUUACCAAGAACUUCAACAGCCAUAAGGAAAACUAACAGCCAUACCACAGCUGAAUGGAAAAUUGACUCACAGCCAGGGAAGUUGAAUUUGGACAGCUGUUUGGAGACGGCAGCUGAUAAACUCAAAGAUUAGCAUUUUCUAUUUGCAAGCAGUGUAUUGGGAUCCACUUACAGGAAGAAGGAGAUGCAGGCGAAAUACUUAUCACAGAUGGUAUGCAUCAUUUAACAAUACUUGAAAGUUGAGGAAGCAUAAGUGUUCCUCAGCACAACCAAAGAUGAUAUCCUUGGGCUCAGUAAUGAUGUUUGUAUGGGGUAAAGCUAAAAGGUCCUGUGCUUGUCCAGUCAAGUUGUCAAAAUUUUCAUUUAAUUUGAAUAAAAUGUAUUAAUACCUUUUUACCUUCUGAUUAUUUUCAUUCACUUCAAAAUGAAUUACAACAACUUUGGAAGAGAAUAUAUAUAUAUGUGAAAGACUAAAAUUUACUUCAUUUGUUUUAUUGAAAGAUCUUAAAAUGUUACUCCCUUUAUCAUAAAUGAGUUGAAUUAUCUUGCUUAAAAGUUUAAAAUUAUCUUGCUGCUCUUGUGCAACGGUUUGAGAUGUUGUUAUUCAUGGUCGUUCCAUAUCAAUUAUUCAAAUAGAUUUACCUGAAAUGUUGUCCAAAGGAAUUUAAGUUGCAUUAUUUUGUUUAGAUGUGUUCAGCUCAGUUAUGCUAUUCACAUCUUGAAUGUUUGAUUGAGUUGUAAAAGCUUAUUAUAGUUUGAUCCUAAAUGCACUGUGCAUCUUUACAUUGAUUAUAGUUGUCAACAGAAAUCAGCUACUGCUGUUUUCCUAGGUUUGCUGAUAUUCCUGAGCAAUGAUCUGUCAAAAGCAAGUGCUGCAGAUUUUACAAAUUCUUAGCCUAGUUGCUGAGGGUUGGACUGAAGUUUUGUGCAGUUGCCGAAUGGGAAAAUGGAACAACUGCAAAAUUAAAUUUGCUUUUUGAAUUAAAUAAUCUUUUUAUUUUGUCCCAACAAAAUGCCUCAGUCUUUAAUGUCCACUUUGGCAUUAUUGUGGCAUUUUCCAUAUUUUACCUAAUCAACAUGUGCAUUCAAGUGGCAUUGACAGAGCCUGUUUCCAUGCCUUAUAAAACUCUGAGACAUUGAACAAAGAUGGCAAUAAAUGUGUUUAUGUGCAUGUG